CGGAAUUUACACCACGUGGAUAUUUCAUUGAUUUUUAGUUGAAAAGCUUAACCGUGGGGUUGCAUGAAUGGUAGGCUGUUGGUUCGUCCAUGGCGGUCACACCUUCUCCGACCAUACCGCAGAAGACUACACGCCGUUGCAAUGGUAAACGGCCGAGAAAGAUUGCGGCGGUCUGAGAUCGUGACGGGACAAGUCAUCAGAAAUGUUGCAAACGGAGUUGCGGUGCUCCGACGACGGAGAUCUGAUAGAGCAAAGAAACAAAUGCCGGCCGGCAACGGCAAAGUAACGACGGCAGUAAAUAAGUAGCCAAGAGUUUCUGGUUGGUGUAUGUAUCAUUCUCUUGUCUGUUUCUAUUUUUUCUGUUAUAAUCUUUGUUUGACACGUGGCAGUAUCUACAUGGUUCAAUUUAUCGGACGGUUAAAAAUUAUUGAACUGCACUCAAACCUCUGCGCGCGUACAAUAGAGAAUCGAACCCUGACAUAUUGUAAAAAUGAAAAAAGUGUUGUAGAAUAAAGAGCAGUUGAAAUUGAAACUCAAACUAUUGAUUCCAUAGUGUCUCACUAUCAUCAUGUCUCUUUCACGCUUCAUCGCUCCUCUCUCUUGCACUUCUUCUACUUCAGAUUCUUCUAUGGUUGCGUCGACCGUAAAGAAGAAUAUGAACACUACUACAGCUUUGUGUUUUGAAGACACUAAAGAAAGAAUCAAGAACAUGUUCAAUAAGGUCGAGCUUUCAAUUUCUUCAUAUGAUACUGCUUUUGUGGCAAUGAUUCCUUCUUCAACGUCGCCGCAUACCCCCUAUUUCCCUCAGUGCUUGAAUUGGUUGCUGGAUAAUCAACUUGUGGAUGGCUCUUGGGGUCUUCCUGAUCGACAUCCAUUGUUGAUGAAUGAUGCUCUCUUGUCUACCUUAGCUUCUAUCCUUGCAUUAAAGCAAUGGGGUAUUGGUGAAGAUAAGCUUAAUAAGGGACUUCAUUUUAUUGAGUCAAACUUUACUUCAAUCAAUGAUGACAAGCAACACCGUCCCAUAGGAUUUGAUAUACUUUUUCCUUCUUUGGUUGAAUAUGCACAAACUUUGGGCAUUAAUCUUCCAAUUCGAGCCACGAGCUUGGAAGCAAUGAUCCAAAAGAGAGACAGAGAGCUUCAAAGAGGCUCUGAAAGCAAUUCAGAAGGGUGGAGAGCAUAUCUAGCAUAUGUGUCAGAAGGAAUGUUGAAGUCGCCGGACAUGAAUACAAUCAUGAAGUAUCAAAGAAAGAAUGGAUCUUUGUUUAAUUCACCGGCUACAACUGCAGCUGCUUUUCAUCACUUAAAGAAUGCUGACUGUCUUAGUUACCUCCAAUCAGUAUUACAAAAGUUUGGGAAUGCAGUUCCCACGGUUUAUCCUCUGGAUAUAUAUGCUCGUCUUUAUAUGAUUGAUAGUCUUGAAAGGUUGGGUAUUAAUCAUCAUUUCAAAGAGGAAAUUCGAAGUGUACUGGAUGAAACAUACAGAUUUUGGCUACAAGGAGAUGAAACUAUAUUUUUAGACCCAACAACCUGUGCAAUGGCAUUUCGAAUGCUGCGUCUCAAUGGUUAUGAAGUUUCUUCAGAUCCAUUUUAUCGAUAUUCAGAAGAAAAAUUUCCCCAUUCCUUGAAAGGUUACUUGAAGGAUGCUAGUGCUGUUUUAGAGCUAUAUAGGGCUUCACAAGUCAUUAUACAUCCGGAAGAAUCAGUUUUAGUAAAACAAAGUUCUUGGACAAGAAAUCUUCUGAAGCAGGAUUCUUCUGAUUACCAUUUGUAUGCCGAUAAACUUCAUAUUUAUGUUGAUAACGAGGUCAAUGAUGUUCUUAAGUUUCCACAUCAUGCGAAUUUGGAGCGUGUAUUAAACAGGAGAUCGGUGGACCAUUAUAAUGUAGACGAAACAAGGAUUUUAAAAACAUCAUACAGAUCCUGGAAUCUUGCAAACAAAGAAAUUUUGAAGCUAGCUGUUGAAGACUUCAAUCUCUGCCAAUCAAUACACGGUAAAGAGUUGAAACAACUUUCAAGGUGGGUUGUUGAAAACAAACUAGACAAACUAGAGUUUGCAAGGCAGAAACUGGCAUAUUGUUACUUCUCUAGUGCAGCCACUUAUUUUUCCCCCGAACUUUCUGAUGCUCGCAUAUCUUGGGCCAAAAACGGGGUGCUCACAACAGUUGUUGAUGAUUUCUUUGAUGUCGGGAGUUCUGAAGAAGAGCAACUGAACCUUAUUCAACUAGUUGAGAAGUGGGAUGUAGAUGUCAGUACUGUUUACUGUUCUGAGGCGGUUAAGAUAAUAUUUUCUGCAGUUCGUAGCACAAUUUGUGAGAUUGGAGAGAACUCUGUCGAGCGGCAAGGACGCAAUGUGAAAGACAAUGUUAUCAAGAUUUGGUUAGAUUUGAUGCGGUCUAUGUAUACAGAAGCUGAGUGGUUGAGAACCAAGGCCACUCCAACAAUGGAUGAUUAUAUGCAAAAUGCAUACGUAUCAUUUGCCUUAGGACCAAUUGUUCUUCCAGCCCUCUAUCUUGUUGGACCUAAGCUUUCAGAUGAUGCUGCUGUAAAUCAGGAAUUGGAUCAUCUUUACAAGACCAUGAGCACCUGCGGGCGUCUUCUCAACGAUAUUCAAGGUUUUAAGAGAGAAUCUGAGGAAGGAAAACUGAAUGCAGUGAGUUUGCAUAUGAUUCAUAGUAAUGGAGCUGAUACUUAUGAAGACGCCGUUGAUAAGAUGAAAGGUGUUAUUGAGGAUAAGAGAAAAGAACUCCUGAGAUUAGUUUUGAAGGAAAAAGGAAGCUUAGUUCCAAGAGAUUGCAAGGAUUUGUUUUGGAAAAUGAUGAAAGUGUUGAACCUAUUCUACAUUAAGGAUGAUGGGUUUACUUCAAAUGAGAUGCAUUCUACUGUUAAUGCAGUGCUUAAAGACCCAAUCAUUCUAGAUGAAUUGUUGGUAGAUUCUAAAAGCAACACCCUCUCUCAAAAGCACUAGAGCUGCAAUUGAUUUUGAUAAAGGAAUAAAAUAAAAGGGAGUCUCUUUCUUUUAUGUGAAUUUUAGUGUUUUUCAGGAAGAGGAUGGGUUUGAUUUAUACCCAUAUAUAUUUUGUUUUCUUUUUACAUAUUUUUGGUAUUCAUUAAAGUAUAUACAUUCUUGGUUGGUAUGAUGCGGAUUAUUUGUGGGAAUUUCUUAACCCACCCUAUCUUUUUCCUAUGCACCAUGCAAAUUUUCAAAAAUGCUCGUGAAAACCAGAAAUACAUUUUCAAGACGCACUCAUAUACACUUUACGAAUUAAUUUAUUCUGGAAAUACAUUUUUUGAAGUUCCAGGAAAUACAUUUAAGGUUCCUAGUUUUACAUGCCAGAGAAAGAACCUUUAUGGGAAAUGUUUUACUUCCGAUUAGCUUGAAAUUGAAAAGGGAAUAGCUAGUAGAUCUAAAAGAGUGUUUCAUUUCCUUAGCAUUUAUUUGUAUUGCAGCUAGAGAAGGAACCUUAGAGCUAGUUGUGGAUAUGGAAAUAUGUCUCGUAGACGUCUCUAAUUAUAGGGAAAACUAUACAGGUAUAUGCUUUUAUUACUACCUUUAUCCACAAUAGCUAUAAUGAUGUGCCAUUGACCAUUUAACUGUUCAGCUGUCACACAUUCCAUUUUUUUAGUGUAAAUAUGAGUUCUUCACCAUGGAUCCUCUCCUUCUCUCCUUCUUGACCCAUUAAAGGUUCUUUCUUUGGUAUGUAAAACUAGAAACGGCCCAUUAAAGGUUCUUUCUUUUUUGUGUAAAACUAGAAACAAAGAUGUGUUUCUCAGAAUUUUCGAAAAUGCAUAUUCAGAAUAAAUUAGGUGGUAAAGUGUGUAUCGGUGCGUUCCAAAAAUAUAUUUAUGAUUUUCAAAGACAUUUUUAAAAAUUCACGUGGUGCGUAAAAAAAAAUAUAGUGCGGG